AUGCAUUUCUUGUCAAUAUUUUUGAUUUACGCCGGAUAUUUGGUUGAUUAUUCUAUCAAUGGAUUAUUAUGGAAUGAAACUUAUCUCAAAGGUGACGUAGUACAAGUAGGCGAUCUAAAUGUGUAUUCAGUUGGAAAGUCAGCGCUAAACUUCGCCGUGAUCGUUAUUUAUGAUGUUCGCGGCUUUAAUAUAUCUCAAACGCGUGUGUUUUGCGACCGGUUAGCAUCUGAAUAUUCUACUCGUGUAGUAAUGCCCGAUUUCUUUCGGGGUGGUGCCGCUCCAUCGCGUGGAAACCUUUCAGCAUGGGUGAGUAUGGCUACUAAUUGGUCGCGAGUAUCGAAUGAUUUGACAAAUAUGGCGGCUUGGUUACAAAAGAAUGAUUCAACGACUCGAAUUGGUUUAAUUGGAUUUUGUUGGGGUGGACUACAAGUUGUUCGUGCUUGCUCUAAUCUUUCUUCGCUCUUCUUCACUGGGGUUUCCAUUCAUGGCUCAUCGAUCACCGUCACUGAAGUUAGUCUAUUGAAAAAACCGAUGUUCUUCAUUGCAUCGGGAACUGAUCCUGCACUUCGUCCGAAUAUAUCCGAUGCGAUUGAACGAGCAAAUCCUCAGAUUAGUCAGCAAUGUCAAUAUCAAACUUACGAUAACAUGGUGCAUGGUUUUGCUUCUGCCGGUGCAAACUUUUCCAAUCCGGCCAAUGUAGCUGCCCUCAACGAUGUACAUCUCAAUGUCACAAAUUACUUUACUAAAGUCUUAAACAAUCCCGCUCCGUUCCUUUCAAUGAAUUCACAGCUUGCCUUUUUUUGUUUUUGUGUCACUUAUAUUUAUGUGAAAUAG